AGUAGCGAGUGUAAGGCCUUGUAGCUAGCAGCUUAACGGCGGUAGAGUGAGAAAAAGCACACGAUCACUUGUGAAGGACGGGGGAGAAAUUCAGUCGCCGCUCGCCACACUUUCCCCCUCUUUUUUACCUCUGGGCGCCAAAAGAUAAUAGUUGCCAGAAAGUCCUCCAUCCUUAAAAGGCCGGACCAUGUCUGGACAGAGGAAGGGUGCUGCAGCCCGCCUGCCUAAAUGUGCCUUCUGCCGAACCAGCCGGGAAAAAGACUGCGGGCAGCUGCUGGUGUCUGACGGCCAGAAGGUGGCAGCCCACCAUAAGUGCAUGCUUUUUUCCUCCGCCCUGGUCUCAUCACACUCGGAUAGUGAAAACAUUGGAGGCUUUUGCAUUGAGGACGUGAAGAAGGAGAUCAAAAGGGGAAACAAAUUGAUGUGCUCUUCCUGUCACCGGCCGGGUGCUACUAUCGGCUGUGACGUGAAUUCAUGCCGGAAGACUUACCACUUUUACUGCGCUGUAAAGGACAAGGCCCAGAUUAAAGAGAAUCCAUCACAAGGAAUCUACCUAGUUUACUGCCGCAAACAUCGAGAUGCUUCAAGAGAUGGCAUUGAAGAUGAAGAGGAAGGUGUGGCUAAUGACUCGGACUGCUCGCCUCCACAAAGUCGGGGCAGAGGAAGAUUUGAGAAGGGUCGAGCCAAGGUUCGUGGCCAAUCAGAAGACGCCCGCUCCACCUCCUCCCAGGCAGCAGACGAGGAGACUUCCUCACACCGGGAAAGGUCGCCUCUUCGCGUCAGCCCGGGUGACAGCAGCCAGCGCUGCGGCUUUUGCCAUGCUGGUGAUGAAGAAAAUGUAACCAGGGGCGUGCUUCAUACCGAUAACUCCAAAAAAGUGGCUGCACACUACAAGUGUAUGCUGUUUUCAUCUGGGACAGUUCAGCUGACGACCACGUCACGGGCAGAAUUUGGGAACUUCGAUGUGAAAACAGUCAUCCAAGAGAUUAAGCGAGGGAAAAGAAUGAAAUGCACGCUUUGCACCCAGCUCGGCGCAACCAUUGGGUGCGAAAUCAAAGCCUGUGUGAAGACCUACCACUAUCACUGCGGCCUGCAGGACAAAGCCAAGUACAUUGAAAACAUGGCGCGCGGAAUAUACAAACUUUAUUGUAAGAACCACAGUGGCAAUGAGGAGCGGGAUGAGGAAGAUGAAGAACGAGAGAAUCGCAGUAGAGAAAGAGCAGCAACCGACCAUGGAGGAACACCGUCUACGCAAGUCAAUGGCAACUAGGUACAAUGUUUGAUGGGUGGCAAACAGCGGAACCUCAAGCACGAGGGAGAGCGAUACAUUUUUUAUUAAUACAAAAUAUCAGCCUACUCUCAACGUUGUGGUUUAUAACUUCCCAUAAACUGUCCGCAACACCUCGCCUUUCCAAAUAAAUGGACGCAUCGAGACAAGAUGAGCUUUUCACGCACUGGUGAUACCGACAGAGCACGGACUCCUACGGGACUGUGAAAAGCCAAAGGUCAACUUUCACAGGGGAGAGUUCUGGACGUAUCUUCAGCGAUGUGUGUGCUACUGUCGUGAAUUAGUGCUGAAUGGACUGAUGUUUUCAUUGUCACUCCACAGAUGACUACAACUGAUGAAACAUUCUUCCUUUUCUGUCACCAGUCUCUACAGAGUUGUGCGUUUUUUCUUUUGUUCAUCAUAUCUUCAUGUUAGCCUUUCUUUACUGAUAUGUAACGUGUAAUACUGUUAUCGUCGUGUCAUUUUGAAUAGCUGAAUUUCAGACACAAGUCCAAAUUUUUCUGGCAUGCACUUGCAUUUUUCCACGUUGAAAAGUGUUUUCUAUUUAGUCGUUAAAGAGCACAGUCAAGCUUGUCACGUCAGUUGACUGGGUUUGAUGUGAUGUUAAUUGUAAUCGCUGCAAAUGUAUCCACUUUUUUUUUGCAAGGUUUUGUAUUUUACAUGUUUGCUAAAAGUGUGAACAACAAGAAGUACUUUUCAUGUAGCUGGUAACUGAGAGGAAUGUCACACCAGCCCAAAGUAUCAUGAAGUUACUGUGGAUGUCAGUUGACCUUACUUUUACAUUCUUUAAUCUGACUGAUGCUUGUCAUGCUCAUCUGGAACAUUCAUUUUGCCUUUUUAGUUGUUUUUCAAUAAAUUAAUUUGUGCAUUUCAUUCAUGUAAAUGCACAGAUUUUUUUCAUACAAUUGUUCACAGUGAAUUUGACACUGAAAUGUUUUGUAGGGUACAUUGGAUCUUGGUGAAGAUGUGAACGCCAUCCUACAUUAUACGGUCAUGUGUUCCCAAAGUGCCCAAACAUCUGAAGCAAAAGCAAGAUUCCAACUAUGACAUAUAUGUUUUACGGAAAAGGAGAAAAUCGUCUUUAAGUGGUGGUCUACAGAAAU